UAUGCCUGAUUCUCCAGAUAAUCCUGAUCAGAGAAUAAGCCAAGAUACAGAUAAAAUGUGUUUGGAAUUUUCAAAAAUUUUUGCUCAAAUUAUCGUCUGCCCCUUUACAAUUGUUUACUAUAUAUGGCAAACAUGGAGCCGUACAGGUUAUUAUGGACCUUUAAUCGUCAUUGGUUUAUUUAUGCUAUCAACGCUGUUGAAUAAGUUUCUCAUGUCUCCAGUCGUAAAUUAUGUUUAUCAAAAUGAGAAAUUAGAAGGGCAUUAUAGAUUUUCACUAAUGCAAACAAGAGUUAGGGCAGAAUCAAUUGCAUUCUACAGAUCAGGGCUAAACGAGAGAGAUAAAAAUAGUAAAAAAUUGGAAAACCUUAUAGAAGUCCAAAGGAAUCUGUUUUUUAGGAGAAUUUUCUUAAAUAUAUCAAUCAAUGGUUCCGAUUAUAUUGGAAGUAUAAUAUCAUAUCUGAUCUUAGGUGUGCCGAUAUUUGCCGGAUUCUAUGAUAAUACUCCCCAGAGUGACCUUGCAGCACAGAUUUCAUCAUCAAGUUUUGUCAUAAUGUAUCUAAUUAAUCAAUUUACAAAAUUGAUAGACCUAGCAGAAGGCGCUUCUAAUGUUGUGGGAACAGCACAUCGUGUUGGAGAAUUUUAUGAAUAUUUAUCGAAAAUGGAUACGAAACCUAGUCAAAUGAGUACUAAUCAACAUGAAAAUAGCGUAGUCGAGUUUCAUGAAGCUACUCUUGCCAUUCCCGACUCUAAUCGAAUUUUAAUUAAAGUAAUUCUAUAG